GUCCUAUUUGUGAAUGUGAAAGGUGAGAGAAGGUUGAUAACAAUGCAACCGUGCAAGAUCCAUAUCCAGCAAAGUCAUCAUGAACGAGAUGAGAGAUGAAGAUCAUAAAGCCCAUUAUCUUGUUUACAAUCACAUUAAGUAGCGCUCUUCUCAUUCUCCUCCUAUUCCCCAAUAACCCUUCUUCUUCUUCUUCUUCAGUGUCCAUGUCGAUGUCUCGAAGCUUCAUUCUGUGGCUCCAUGGUCUGGGCGACUCGGGCCCUGCCAACGAACCCAUCAAGACCUUGUUCACUUCUCCUGAGUUCAGAACCACCAAAUGGUCCUUCCCUUCCGCACCGAACGCCCCAGUCACUUGCAACUAUGGUUCUGUAAUGCCUUCAUGGUUUGAUAUCCAGGAGAUUCCUGUCACAGCUGAUUCUCCUAAAGACGAGAGUAGUUUACUUAAAGCUGUUCGGAAUGUGCAUGCUACAAUAGAUAAGGAAAUAGCUGCUGGCAUAAACCCUAACAAUAUAUUUAUCUGUGGAUUCAGUCAAGGAGGUGCCUUGACCUUGGCUAGUGUUCUAUUGUACCCUAAAACCUUAGGUGGAGGUGCAGUCUUCAGUGGUUGGGUUCCAUUUAAUUCGUCUAACAUAGAACAAAUUACACCCGAGGCAAAGCGGACACCCAUAUUAUGGUCCCAUGGGUUGGCUGAUAGAACAGUAUUGUUCGAGGCCGGACAAGCAGGUCCCCCUUUCCUUGAAAAAAUUGGUGUUGGAUGUGAAUUUAAGGCUUAUCCUGGUCUUGGCCACUCGAUAAGCAAUGAAGAGUUGCGGUAUCUUGAGUCAUGGAUCAAGGCGCGCUUUCAGAGUUCUUCAUAAUUGUUAUUUCAGCUUUGGAUAUCAAACUCGGUUACUCAAUAAUAUGAAUGUAUAUGCUUGUGCUUGUGCAAACCUCCUGGUCAGCUGAUCUAUCUUGCUUUAUCCUAGUCAAUGUUUAGCAGAAACCAAAUUUCUUGCUUGAUCUCAUUUAUAAUAUGUUUUGAUUGACUUC